AUGCCAGCUUGGUGGAGGAAAAGAUCUAGCAGAAGUAAAGAUUCGGAGAGGGAGAAUGAGAAUUCUGCGAGAGCUUCGUCAGUCGACAAUGGAAAGAAGAUAGGGAAAGAAAAUAAAGACAAUAAAGCCAAGAGCUUUGAUGAGGUUUCUGGAAUUGUUUUGCGACAGAAACAAUCGAAAAAUUCACCAAGAAAUAGCAGAGAUUAUGCUGCUAUAGGAACAGAAGAAAGAGGGUACUCGGGAUUUUCCGGAUUUAAUUCAGCUUCAUCUUUGGAUAUAGGGCACCCCUUGCCGAUGCCUGUUGAGUCAUCAACUGAUCAUGUUCAGAUACACGGUGUUGGGUCAGGAUGUGGGUCGGGGUAUUCCAGCGUCGCUUCGUCCGGGUCAACUGAUGAUCAAGCCCAUGUUGUUUUUGAUCAAGUUGCUUUCAGAAGAAAUGGAGAUAACAAAUCGAGUCCAGUGAUGCGAAGUCCUGGUCGAGGAUCGAGGGGGAUUACCACUACCACCUCGCCUCUCCACCCACGAUUUGGCGGUAUUAAUUUGGAUCCCCCCACCGGGAAAUUGGAAGAUGGAAAGAGUGAAUUUCAUAGGCUGCCCCUUCCACCUAAUUCUCCCUCCAGCCCUUCUGCCUUGCCAACCCCAAGAAGUCCUGGGAGAGCUGAGAACUCAAGUAGUAUUUCAUCAAAAUGGAGGAAAGGGAGGCUUCUAGGAAGGGGCACUUUUGGUCAUGUUUACCUUGGAUUUAACUGUGAAAAUGGACAAAUGUGUGCAAUAAAGGAAGUCAGGGUUGUUUCGGAUGAUCAGUCAUCAAAAGAAUGUUUGAAGCAGUUGAAUCAGGAGAUUACCUUGCUCAGUCAGCUUUCACAUGUGAACAUUGUUCAGUAUUAUGGAAGUGACUUGAGCGAAGAAACAUUGUCAGUUUAUUUGGAGUACGUUUCUGGAGGUUCCAUCCACAAAUUACUGCAAGAAUAUGGGGCCUUUGGGGAGCCUGUAAUACAAAAUUACACUAGACAGAUUCUCUCGGGACUCGCUUACUUGCAUGGAAGAAAUACAGUGCACAGAGAUAUUAAAGGAGCAAAUAUAUUGGUAGAUCCCAAUGGUGAAAUUAAACUUGCUGAUUUUGGCAUGGCAAAACAUAUAAAGUCCUGCUCUUCGAUGCUAUCUUUCAAAGGAAGUCCUUAUUGGAUGGCACCAGAGGUUGUGAUGAAUACAAAUGGUUACAGCCUUGCGGUGGAUAUCUGGAGUUUAGGAUGCACAAUUCUCGAAAUGGCUACAUCAAAACCACCUUGGAGCCAAUAUGAAGGGGUUGCUGCAAUAUUUAAAAUUGGAAACAGCAAGGAUAUGCCAGAGAUUCCAGAUCACCUAUCUCAUGAUGCAAAAAGUUUCAUAAGGCUAUGCUUGCAGAGGGAACCAUCUGCAAGGCCCACAGCUUCUCAACUACUGGGUCACCCUUUUGUUAGAAAUCAAACUACAAUAAGAGCUGCCAGUGCCAAUAUAACAAGAGAAGCCUUUCCUCGUGCCUUUGAUGGGAGCCGCACUCCGACGGCCCUGGAGAUGCAGUCCAGCAGAUUGAUUAACUUUUCGUUCGAUAGAGAUGAUGCAUCAAGAUCACCAUUACCAAGGACAUUUGUAAGCCCAAGGGAAAGUGCAAGAACAAUAACAUCGCUGCCUGUAUCUCCCUCCUCAAGUCCAUUAAGACAUUAUGGACCAGCACAUAAGAGUUGUUUCAUUUCUCCUCCAAGCCCUUCGUAUCCUUUUGUGGGGCAGAGUAGUAGUAAUUAUGGCGACCACUUGGUAUUUCCAGUAAGGCCAACCACAAGGAAUACACUUGAUCCCUGGCUUGAAAUACCUCAAUUCAAAUCUCAAACACCUAUUAGAUCGCCCACGAGAACCAUUCUAUAG